CCUGGCUCACCUGACAGGGGGCGUGGCGAGCCGGAGCCGAGGGGAACAGGUGUGGUGACGCAGCGCGGCUUCCACAGGCGAGGGUCAGCGACAGCGACGGCAGCCCCGAGAUGGGCAAGAAGAAGAAAGCGGAAGGGAAGGAGUCGGAGCCCUAUGGGGCACCCUCUGCCUAUGACCCAAAGUUCAAAGGGCCAAUAGAGAACAGGAGCUGCACAGACAUAAUCUGCUGUGCCAUUUUCAUGGUCUUCAUCCUGGGAUACAUGGUGGUAGGCAUUGUGGCAUGGCUGUACGGCGACCCACGGGAGGUGAUUUACCCGAGGAAUUCCACCGGCAUGUACUGUGGCGUUGGCAACAACGAGGCGAAGCCUUAUGUCCUCUACUUCGACAUCCUGAAAUGCGUCUCACCCACUGGUAUCCUGACCUCGGCUCUCGACAGGCUGCAGUGCCCAACCACACAGGUGUGUGUGUCGCAGUGCCCCAGUGAGUUCUGGCUUCCAGUGUUGACGUUCGUGCCAGGAAUGAAGGUGUCAAACAUUUUCCAGCAGCAGUACUGCAACCCCAUUCUGGACCUGUCCACGACCAACCUGAAACCCCAGGAGAUUGUGGCCAAGGAGCUGUGCCCGCCAUACACCAUCCCGAGCAUCCCCUUCCUGGGCAGAUGUGUGCCAAAUCUGGACGGGACGGUUUUCCCGAAAAACUUCACGAUCGAAGGCAUGAGUCCCGGAAAUGCCACGGAGGACGCAGUGGCGAAGGCAACAGAGAACCUCGUCCAGGGAUUCAACUUCAAGCAGGUUGGGAUGCGGAUUUUCGAGGAUUUUACAAAGUCCUGGCACUGGAUUCUGAUAGGCCUGGUCAUCGCCAUGCUCAUCAGUCUUCUCUUCCUGCUGCUCCUGAGGUUCAUCGCCGGCAUCCUCAUCUGGGUCCUCAUCUUCGGCCUGAUCGGGGUCAUCGGCUACGGAAUCUGGCACUCCUACUGGGAGUACGACACCCUCAACAAACGGGGUGCCAGCAUCCAGGAUGUCGGCAUCACCACCAACUUCGUUGUGUAUGGGCAGGUGAAAGAGACCUGGCUGGCCGUCUUGAUCAUCCUCGCUGUCCUGGAGGCCAUCAUCAUCCUGUUGCUCAUCUUCCUGAGGAAACGCAUCCUGAUCGGAAUCGCGCUCAUCAAGGAGGCCAGCAGGGCGGUGGGGCACAUCAUGUCUUCGCUGGCCUAUCCCCUGGUUACGUUCAUCCUCCUGGUGAUAUGUGUGGCCUACUGGGGAAUGACUGCGUUAUACCUCGCUACCUCCGGACAGCCACUCUACCGGAUCGUCAGUUUGGGCUCUGACACACCUGAAUGUGCCUCGAUCCCGGGGAACGAAAGCUGCAGCCCGAUGAACUUCAACGCAUCGGCAUACAGCUGCGACACGGUGAAGUGUGCCUUCUACAAGUACAAUGACAAGGGCAUCCUCCAACGUAACCUCUUCCAGCUGCAGAUCUACAACAUCAUCGGCUUCCUGUGGUGCAUUAACUUCGUCAUUGCCCUGGGGCAGUGCACCCUGGCCGGAGCCUUCGCCUCCUACUACUGGGCCUUCAAAAAGCCUCGGGACAUCCCCUACUUCGCAGUGUCUGGUUCCUUCAUGCGUACCCUCAGAUAUCACACUGGGUCCCUGGCUUUCGGAGCCCUCAUCCUGACCAUCGUACAGCUCAUCCGCAUCAUCCUCGAGUACCUCGACCACAAGCUGAAAAACGUACAGAACCCGGUCACCCGGUUCCUGAUGUGCUGCCUCAAGUGCUGCUUCUGGUGCCUGGAGAAGUUCAUUAAGUUCCUGAACCGCAACGCCUACAUCAUGAUCGCAGUGUACGGCAAAAACUUCUGUGUUUCAGCCAAGAACGCCUUCAAGCUGCUCAUGAGGAACAUCGUCAGGGUGGUGGUCCUUGAUAAAAUGACUGACCUGCUGCUGUUCUUCGGGAAGCUGUUGGUGGUCGGUGGAGUGGGCGUCCUGGCAUUCUUCUUCUUCACUAAUCGGAUUAAGAUCUCAGAUCCGACGUUCCAGGUUCCUGUACUCAACUACUAUUGGCUUCCGAUUCUGACUCUCGUGGUUGGCUCGUACAUGAUCGCGCAGGGAUUUUUCAGUGUAUACAACAUGUGUGUGGACACCCUCUUCCUCUGCUUCUUGGAAGACCUCGAGCGGAACGACGGCUCUCCAGAGAGACCGUACUACAUGUCCAAAGCCCUGAUGAAGAUCUUGAACAAGAAGAACAAGGCCCCGAAGGAGGAGAAGAAAUAACCCCCCCCCCCAACCCUCUUACCACCCCCACAUUUAAGAAAUUACACACAGAGCAAUUAGCCGGUGACUGCCUCAGCCUUUCGGGGGGAGGGGGAAGAAAGGGGCAGGAGGUACUUAUGGAUACGUUUUCUGAUAGAAUUCUCCCUCCCCCCCACCCCCCCACCCCAUGUCCAUGUUGCACACUGACCUGGUGAGACUGAGUAACUUUGUACAGAUGAAGCGCACCCAUUUCUCGUUUGCAAUCCAGUCUGUAGAAUAUGAAACUGCCCCAUCACCCCUAUUGGGGCAAAGGCUGUUGAUAGCAGCUCGCCGGAGUCCUCUGUCCUGAUCCAGUCUUCCAAGUUGACUCCAAGAGUACCCCUUCCCUUCCUCUUCCACGGAUGAAGUCUUUGGGGUAUCUUGGUUUUUACGGGAUGGGGUUGCUGGCCCCAUGUCCAAUCCUCCUGCUCUCUCAAACUGGGCUUGGGACCAACCACGGUCGAGCUGAAGGAAGUGUCUGGGGAAUUUCCAAAAUUGGCCACGCACUUCCAUCUUACCCCCUACCCUGCCCAGUACCUUGGGACACCCCGCUGCACCUUAUUGACCAUGUGGGAAGGGGUCUGUGAAGCCUUCAGUCCAGACUGGUCUCAAUGAGCCCUGAAUAGACGGGGAGUGGUGGGUGAAGGGGGAAUAUUGCACUUUUCGUGAUUUGUGCCUUUAAACUGAUGUUAUUUCAAAAAAGAAAAAUGAAUGUGAUAAUAGAUGUACUGGAUUUUAAAUUAAAUGACACUAUUUACAUUUUUAAUCAUUAAAUCUAUCCCAAUGGGAUGAUACUCAGGAA